UUCAAAUUCAGUUUUUAUCUUUUAUAAGCAAAAGAUAGAAAAAUGAAACAAAACAAUUUAAUAGGAUGGCAUAUGAUUUGGUGGAUAACAAUGUUUGGUACAGCUAUCAUUUUUCUUUGGUUUAUUUAUAAUUUCACUAAUAUCAUCAUGUAUAAAAAGAGAAGAACUUCUCUUUAUGGAAAAGUUGUUAUAAUAACUGGUGCUAGUUCAGGUUUGGGUGAAGCAUUGGCUCAUGUAUUUUAUAGUUGUGGUUGUAAAUUAAUUUUAAUAUCAAGAAGAAAUCAGGAAUUACUAAGAGUAAAAGAUACAUUAUUAAAUACACAUCAUACAGUUUCAACACACAUACCAGUUGUUUUUCCCUUAGAUUUGACUGAAAUCAAUACUUUAACAAGUGAAGUAGCAAAAGUUUCAAAAAUUUAUGGAAGAAUAGAUAUUUUAAUUAAUAAUGCAGGUAUAUCAUACAGAGGAGAAGUUAUUGAUACUAAAGUUGAUGUUGAUAUAAAAGUAAUGUUAAUAAAUUACUUCAGUCAAAUUGCUUUGGCUAAAGCUGUUUUACCAUAUAUGAUAAAACAAAAAUUUGGUCAUAUUGUAUGUACAAGUAGUGUACAAGGUAAAAUAGCCAUCCCAUUUAGAUCAGCAUACACUGCUUCAAAACAUGCUUUACAAGCAUGGUGUGAUUCAGCAAGAGCAGAACUUUCUACAAAAAAUAUUAAAAUAACUGUUAUUAGUGCUGGAUAUAUUUAUACUGCUUUGUCAUUAAAUGCAUUAACAGGAACUGGUGAUAAAUACGGAAUUAUGGAUAAAACAACUAAAAAUGGGUACUCAGCCAAAUAUGUGGCCGACAAAAUAUUAGAAAGCAUACUAAGGGGUGAUAAAGAAGUCACAAUAGCUACUUUCACACAAAAGAUUGCUAUUUCAUUACGAGUUUUACUACCUUCUAUUUACUUUUGGCUUAUUAAACCACAUGCUAAAACACUAUGAAAUAAUAAAUAAUAUCAAAAAAGAGUAAUUUUUCAUGUAAA